AUGGAGAUUGAUACACUUUCCAUAAUUCUUUUACUUCUUAUUAUUCUUUUUACAAUUCUUUCUAUAAAAGAUGUCCCUAACCCUGAUGUUCAUCCACUGAUUCUAACAUCUCAAGCAGAUGUCGCACGCAUCAGACAUCCUGGGGAGACUGCAAUAUACAGGUCAAAUCUGGCAUUGCACGGAAUGGCCUUGCUAUCUAACCCAGAGAAAGGUGUGAAGACAAUCGCUGAUCUGUUCAAAGCUGGCGCUUCACAGGGAGACAAGUUUCUUGGAGUUAGAGGCCCAGAUAGUCUGUACACUUGGCAAACUUAUGAUGAGAUUACCAGAAGGCUCUCCAACUUUGGAUCAGGAUUGAUUGAAUUCACUGGUUUAACGCCAAAAACGCAGAAUAUGUUUGGUAUUCUGAUGAACAGUAGGCCAGAAUGGGUAAUAGCUGAUCUUGCAUCUCACCAUUAUAGCCUUGUGAUCGUGGCACUGCCAAGUAUUCGGCCGCAAUUAUCCGACAUAAUAAAUGAAAUUAAGCAGACAGGAAUCACUUCUGUCAUUGCUUCAAAGGAUACUUUGUCACUAGUUCUCUCUGCAGCUCCAUCAUGUGGCUCAUUGAAAUACAUUGUAGUGGCCGAAACGGAGAUUCCCUCUGAUCAGAAAUCAAAGAUUGAAGCCUCGGGGCUUGUUCUAAAGACAUUUGCCGAAGUUGAAGAAUUAGGUGCACGGAAACUGCUUGACCAUGUGUUACCAGAACCCGAUGAUACUGCAACGAUUGUAUAUUCGAGUGGUAUUACUUCCGGUCAUCCAAAAGGCAUUGAACUGACACACAAGGCAAGUAUAUUUGAAAGCAACAUUGUAGCCAAUGUUGCCGGACUAUCGGCCGCAAUGUCAACGCUAAAGACAACAUCAACAGACAGGCACCUGUCAUAUUUACCGCUUGCUCAAAUUUUUGAAAGAAUUGUUGUCAUUACGAUGAUGUUCAAAGGUGCAUCUAUUGCAUUUUACCGCGGAGAUGUAUCCAAAGUUCUUGACGAUGCUCAUGCAGCACAGCCAACUAUAUUCACCGUCACUCCUCGUUUCCUCACCAAAUACCAUGAACAAAUUAUGCAACAGUAUGGGAAUGACUAUUUAUUUAAUAAGGGGAUGAACGCUAAGAAGGCACAACUGAAGAAAGGAAGAUUGCUCGUUGGUUCCAUCUGGGAUGUAUUAGUAUUCAACAAGAUCAAAGUACUCUUCGGGGGCAAAGUUCGUGCUGCUGUAUGCAGUGCUGGUCCAGUCUCUCAAACAUUACUUGAUUUCUUGAGAAUAACUGCUGGAUGUCAAGUCAUCCAAUUAUAUGGAUUAACCCAAUGCAGCGGCGCUGUAACGGCAAAUGCAGUUUACGAUUAUCAAGCAGCCGAUCCUUUAGGUCAUGAGAGUCAUGCAGGAGGCCCAUUACCAUGCAAUGAAAUCAAGUUAAUAAACUAUGAAGAGAAAGCAUAUACUGUCGAAGACCAGCCUAACCCACGUGGAGAAAUUUGUGUUCGUGGUCCGAAUGUCAUGAAAAGUUACUACAAACAACGAGAAGUAACGGCACAAAUAAUUGACUCUGAUGGUUGGCUGCAUACUGGAGAUAUCGGCAUGAUCUUACCUAAUGGGACGCUAAGGAUCAUUGAUCGGAAGAUGGAGUUCGACCUCAGACAAACAGCCCAGUCAAUUGACGCACAUUAA